GCAUCGCCGGGCGAGAUGAAGGGCGGCGACAUCGAGGCGGGGACCUCCGCUGGCACUGGCACCGCGCCGGCGCCGGCGCAGGGACUGUACCCAGGGAUGGCAGAGAGCCCCGAGCUGCGCUGGGCGCUCAUCCGGAAGAUCUACGUCAUCCUCUCCCUGCAGCUUCUCCUCACCGCCGUCGUCGCGGCCGUCGUCGUCAAGGUCCGCGCUAUCCCCCACUUCUUCAUCUCCUCCUACGCCGGCCUCGGGGUCUACAUCUCCAUCCUCAUCCUCCCCUUCAUCGUGCUGUGCCCGUUGUACUGCUACCGUCAGAAGCACCCAGUCAACCUGCUGCUGCUCGGCGUCUUCACAGUGGCCAUCAGCUUCGCUGUGGGCAUGACAUGUGCCUUUACUAGCGGCAAGGUCAUUUUGCGAGUUCUAUAUUAUGAAAUAAAGACACCCCUAAAAAAGUCCGGCAUCUGCACAGGCAAGGUCAUUUUGGAGGCUGCGAUUCUUACAACGGUGGUUGUCUUGAGCCUGACUGCUUACACCUUCUGGGCUGUAAAGAGGGGCAAGGACUUCAGCUUCCUUGGUCCUUUCCUAUUUGCUUCUCUCAUGAUGUUGCUUGUCUUUGGGUUCAUUCAGAUCCUCUUCCCGCUGGGCGAGCUCUCUCACAUGAUCUAUGGCGCGCUGGCGGCGCUCAUCUUCAGUGGCUACAUUGUCUAUGACACGGACAACAUCAUCAAGCGUUACACCUAUGACGAGUAUGUCUGGGCCGCCGUCUCGCUCUACCUUGACAUCAUCAAUCUGUUCCUGGCCCUGCUAACCCUGUUUAGGGCGGGUAAUUAACAGCUAAAGCGCAUCGCCCUGCCCCUGUUCACGAGACCUCGACUUGAAGAAAAUUGUAUAGGCUGCUCUUGCUUGCACGGUGAAAAUGUUGCUUAGUAGUUUAUUAGUUGAGUUGAUCCCUAGCUAAGAGAGGAAACAUAAGAAAACUGAUGUGCGUGUGUUCUAUGGA